AGGUGCGCUGCAAGGGAGCAUAGAUCAGUUGUUGUUGGAAAAUUUACAUUGUUUCAUUUUGUCUUUUGUAAAUGUGAAAUUCGUAAAGACCGACCGCGGUUUCGCGUGCACUCCCUUCUGAACCUGACUGUGAAAUUUAGAGGUGAAAGUAGGAGUAAAAACAGAUCAGACAAUUCUUGAUACUGUAGUAAUAGUAUGGUGUGUAUGUUGUAAAUGAAGUCGUCUAAGCUGCACCAGUUAUUUCGUGAUUGUGACAUUCUUGUUUUGUUGAAAACAACCUAGAAAAAGUAAUGUCCUCGUUUAUUUCGACGGCCGACUUCACCUCUUGGGUCGAGUCAUUAUUGGCAGACGCGAACUCCGCUACUUCUAUCCUGCCUGUAGAUGUAAUACAAGACUACUUUUCGGCGCCAGUCUUCCUCGGGCCAUUGUUUUUGCUGAUUUUGCUCGAUAUCCUGGGUAUUCCAGACCUAUGGGGAGAACGGCUGUUCCGUAGGGUCCUUCAUCAUGCAGCGACGGGCUCGCGGUUUCCGUGGCGCGUCCUCAAUGCGCCUGUUCUAAUUGGAUUGAGGAGUGCUGAAGGAGGAGGCGGCGAUUUGGAUAAGGGAAGUGACACCACCGUGAAGAGACGGGUCAGCGUCACCAGUAGAGCAAUAGGAGGUAGCCGGAGUAAGUCGCCAUCACCGACGAAACGGCGUAGCAGCAUAACCGGGAGUCCAAAAGUAGUUGCGAAAGAGCAGCCUGCGCUUCUUUUGAGUCAUCAAGAUGAAGAUACCACCUCGAACACGACAAGAACACCAAAGUCGUCCAUCUCUGCACUUUCACCAUCUACUUCCUCUUCUUCUCUUCGCUUUGUUUCACAAACGCCACUGCAUCCCGAGCAAACGACUGUCUUGAGACGAGAGGAUGUGGAGAAAGUCCUGCAUAUGUGCGAAACAAACGGCCCUCAGCAGAAAUAUUUCCGAGAGGUGCAAGGACUCAAUACCAAGUCGGCAUGGCUCUCGAAGUACAUAUUCCAUUUGGAUAGCAGCUUCUGGUAUCUUGCCUAGUGUAGCAAAUGCAAACUCAAGCUGGUGCCGUGAUGGUAUCAACAGAGCCAUAUUCACUAGAUGUUGUAGGUAGUGUCAUCGUCAUCGCAUACCAUAAACAUACCAGGAUGGCAGGCGGUCAGUUCUCAACGCGAGCGACGUUGUAUUUCAACGAUUUCACACCAGAGGGGAAGCAGAUCAUGCUAGACGUCGGCGAAUCACUACGAGAGCCGCUGGCGCGAGUUUUAGGCCUUGCAGAUCCGUCUAGCUUCCAUCUAGGAUCAAGCGACUUCAAGUACUUUGACCGUAGAUACAGGAGCCAUCAUGUUAUCGGGGAGAAUUGUGAUUUUCUCAGAUGCUUUUACCGCUCAGUCAAUUAGAAAACAUAUUUUUUUUCACAUUGAAUAGAAGCUUCUUCUUAUAACGGGCGAUUUGACCACAUCGUUCAUAUCCAGGUGUUGUCUCCUCCGCUACGAGGGUCAGAAUGCCAAUUUCGGGUUCCACUACGACACUGAGCCCUGGAACUGCUUUCGAUGCUUGUUUCUCAUAAAACGGUCUGCGAGUGGCGAAGUAGCUCCGUUUCUCUACUACGAUUUCGAUGGUCGCCUCCACAAAGUCCCUCUCAACGAAGUCGGCGACGGUCUCGUUUUUCAGGGCACCAGAGUGAUGCAUGGAGUGCAGAAAACGGGAGACAGCGAGAGCAUCCGGUAUAUGCUAGGCUUCCAAUAUCGAGUGGGAGACGAAGACUUGGAGAGCAGCCGGAAAAACUUCUGCAAUCAGUUUCGAGGCACGACUUCGCUUGUGGGAAAAGCAAUGGAAGUAUUUGGGAAGUGCGUACCGGUGUUGCUGUUGAACGUGGCGAUAUUUGCCUCGUCGAUACCGGGAUUCAUCAGCAAGCUUUUCUUCGGAGGAAGCGCUGGAGAAGACUUAGAUUUAUGAUGCAAGGACUUUCUUAAGCCAUCUCAGACUCAGUCCGCUAAUUUUUAUCCACAAACUUUUUUUAUUUAUUAGGUGUUACAAGAUAGAACUCGUGUUUGCUUUUAGCGGCCAACACUAUCUUCACGAAUGCAAAACUUGUCCUUCUCUUCUAAGGAACCUCGUCCACCUCCUUCGACAGUCUCUUUCCACGGCCCUUACCAACGCUUCUGUCACUAUCACCCAACUCUUUUUCCGCAGUAGCAGAAGUGCGAUGUUAGUUGCAGAAACGACUGAAGACGUUCUAGACAAGCUUUACACUCCUUUCGCAAUGGUGGGAGACUGCGUUGAAGAGGCCAAGCUGUAUCCGGGUGCGCAUCUUCCUCGAGGCCAGCUGAUUGCAGCUUCUCUGCUCAUUAUCUUCGCCUUUACGAAGUCGACGUUUGUGCGGUCAUUACCGUUUUUUCUGUACGGGGCAAGCCCGCCAUCGUGGUCGUCGUCGAGUGGAAAGCCAGAGGACCAGGAGAAAACGAGGAAGAUCCUUGAUCAAGCCUUGCCGUUCCUACAGACGCAAGCGACACCGAGACUGCUCAGCUGCUGGCUCAUACCACUAGUAUCUUUGGUGUUUGUCGCGGGAUUGGAUUUGACCCUCAUAGUUUCAUUUGCCGCUUACCUGUGCCUCACAGAACACUGCUUACCCAGCACGUGGAUGGACGUGCUUUACGAGGACAAGAGGAAAAGUCUUCGUAUUGUGAGAACAAACAUGCUGACGUCAUGAUCAUCUACGAAUUAUAAUUUGAUUGAUGUAUCUUUGCUACUUCCAUUGAACAUGAUCAUCUACGAAUUAUAGUUUUAUUCCAUUGAUGUAUCUUUGCUACUACCACCUGUAUUUAAAUUUAUCCGAUUUUUCCGACGUAUACAACUUUCCCCAGUUGCUCAGCUUCCUUCUUUAUGUCUAUUCUUUUGGCGCAGCAAGUAACUAGGAGGAAAAUGGAUGAACACGACAAAAGCGGGCAGCUCCGCGAUUAACUGAACAUGAUUGCACAGAUUGACUUUGAAACAGCGCCUAUGGUGUGCGAUGGGACAGAACUACAGCAGACUGAUACUCGCGAGAAGACACCGCAU